UUGUCUCUGGAUGGCAGCUAUGCAAGUGGCUGCACUGUGUGCUGUGUGUCUGCUGCCCAGCAGCCUGGCCCUGCCACUGCCCCAAAGCCGAGGAGGCUGGAGUGAGUCGCAGUGGGAACAGGCUCAGAAUUACCUCAAGAGAUUUUACUCAGCUGACUCAAAAACAAAGAAUGCCAACAAUUUAGAAGCAAAACUCAAGGAAAUGCAAAUAUUCUUCCGCCUGCCUAUAACUGGAACCCUAAACUCCCAUAUCCUAGAAAUCAUGAAUAAGCCCAGAUGUGGAAUGCCAGAUGUUGCAGGUACAGGUACAGGGAGACCAAAAUGGAAUUCCAAAGUAAUUACCUACAGGCUUGCAUCAUAUACUGCAGACUUACCAUAUGUCACAGUGAAUCAGUUAAUAGAAAAGGCCUUCAAGAUGUGGAGCAAAGAGGUCCCACUGAGCUUCAGGAGAGUGAAAUGGGGAAUUGCUGAUAUCAAGAUGAGUUUUGUAAGAAGAGAACACGGAGACCUGUAUCCUUUUGAUGGACCAGGAAACACGCUGGCCCACGCCUAUUACCCGGGCCCAGGCUUGGGAGGAGAUGUGCACUUUGAUGAGGAUGAGCGCUGGACUAGCGGCAGAACCUCAGGAAUUAACUUACUAUAUGUUGCAACUCAUGAACUUGGCCAUUCUUUGGGUCUGAGUCAUUCUUCUGACCCAAAUUCCUUGAUGUACCCAACUUAUAAAGAUGAAAACUUGGACGAUUUCAAGCUUUCACGGGAUGAUAUCAAAAGCAUUCAGGAAUUAUAUGGAGUGAAAAAAAAAUUUUAAAGAAUUUAGAACCAUCAGGAAAAACAUACUUUCACUCAUUGGCUUUUAUGUCAUUUGCUCCUCAUCGGGAAUCAAAUGCCUCCCCUGUUCUGCAGUCCAUUCAACAUGACCUUCAUCCUUCUUUGUACUGCAGUUGGUUUUUGCAUGUAUAGCUCUCCCUCUGGGGAAGAAGUCCUUUACUCCUGUUCCAUAAGCAUCUAAGACUCACCUCAAGGAACUUGCACCUGACAGAUGUCAGUAAAUGUCAAAUACACAAAUAAAAUUUGUAUUCCAUGG